AUGGAGAACCUAGUGGAUAACAGUGAGUUGAGAGCAGAAGGCAAUUUGAUGAAUAUUUGGAGUCUUCGAGUCCUGCAAAAAGUAAAGGUGUUCUUAUGGAGAGCGGCAAGGGGAUGUCUACCAACGAAACACAGGCUUCAAACCCGUAGUGUACAUGUUUGUGAUAGAUGCGUGCAGUGUGAGAGCUCCUAUGAGAAUGACUGGUAUGUCUUCUUUGGAUGUGCAAAACUAGAGGAGGUGCGGAGUGCAGCAGAUCUAUGGCACAUUAUACAAGACAACUUGGAAACGGCGGAUGAUUUUGUAGCUCUUUUCUUCAAGUUACUAGAAUCUCUACAUCACCAACAACUCUUUGAUUUUGUAAUGACCCUUUGGUGCAUCUGGAAACGGAGAAAUAACAAGUUGUGGAACGACGUCGAAACACAACCACGUAUCUUGGUGAAUAUGGCACAUGAUGUCUUAUUUCAAUGGCAGCAGGUCCGUGUACAUCAGAGAAGGAGAGAACAUGGAGAAUACCACAAUAGUGUAAUGACAGAUCACAGACAAAAGGAGUGGACUAAACCGGUAGUCGGGGAAGUGAAGUGCAAUGUUGAUGCAACAAUUUUUAAGGAACAAGGUUGUUAG